CUGUGACAUGUCUGCAGGUACAGAAGAUACCACUGGAUAAAGCUGUCACCAGCAGUGGCUGAUCUUCUGUAAUUUAUUAACAUGUCUUCAUAUACUUCGUAGAAUGCUCGUCUGUCACACAGAAAAGACAUCCAUCCAGCAUGGGUCACCUUCUGUUGGUCUGCACUUUGUUCUUCCAUGUUGUGUCCUCGGUUAAGGGCGACUUUCUGAUUGAAGGACUGAGAAACAUCAAGAAGAGAAACACUGCAGAGCCAGUGAAUGAUAUCGAAGUCUACAGUAUUAAUAUUGACUGUAAGGUGACAUCCCGGUUCGCUCAUAAUGUCAUCACAAGCAGAGCCAUUAAUAGAGCCAGUAUGUCUAAAGAGGCCAUGUUUAAAGUGGAUUUGCCAAAAACGGCUUUCAUUACUAAUUUUAGCAUGGUAAUUGAUGGAAAAACAUAUUUAGGGGAGAUUAAAGAAAAAGAAGUUGCAAAGAAACAGUAUGAAACUGCUGUCAAAAGAGGUCAGACAGCUGGACUUGUCAAGGCAUCUGGCAGAAAAACAGAGACAUUUACUGUGUCAGUGAAUAUAGCCGCACAAAGUAAAGUGACGUUUGAGUUGGUUUAUGAAGAAAUGCUUAAGCGUAAUCAUGGGAAAUAUGAAAUGUUCAUCAAAGUUCAACCAAAGACGCUUGUUCGGAACUUCCAGAUUGAAGUAGAAAUUCAUGAACCUCAAGGCAUCAGCUUUUUAGAUGCUGAAGCAACUUUCAUAACAAAUGAUUUGCUGCCGGCAGUCCAUAAAAGCUUCUCUGCCGAAAAGGGCUAUGUUUCUUUCAAACCAACUUUGGAUCAGCAACGCUCAUGUGCAACAUGUUCAACUACAUUACUGGAUGGAGAUUUUACUGUGACAUAUGAUGUGAAUCGAGAAUCGGCAGGAAACAUACAGGUUGUCGAUGGAUAUUUUGUUCACUUUUUUGCACCCCAGAAAUUAGCUGGUGUACCAAAAAAUGUAAUCUAUGUAAUAGACAAAAGUGGAUCGAUGUAUGGUAGAAAGUUGGAACAGACAAAAGAAGCCCUACUUGAAAUUUUGAAAGACACAGCAGAACAUGAUCAUUUUAAUUUUGUAUUAUUUGACAAUGAUAUUGAAGUGUGGAAACCUUCUUUGGUGAAAGCAACACCAGAAAACCUGAAAAAAGCCAGGGACUUUGUCAGACAAAUUACAGAUGGUUAUACCACAAAUAUCAAUGAUCCUGUGUUAAAGGCUGUGCAAUUAUUGGAUGAAGCGAAUGCACUAAAUCAAAUCCCAGAAAGAAGUGUCUCUUUGAUAGUCUUGCUUACUGAUGGUGAAGCAAAUAUAGGUGAGACAGAACCAGAAAAAAUUCAGGAAAAUGUAAAGAAAGCCAACCAAAGAGGAUACACUUUGUAUUGUCUUGGCUUUGGCUAUGGGGUUAAUUAUGGAUUUCUCGAAAAGAUGGCACUGGAAAAUGCCGGAAUUGCUCGUCGAAUAUAUGAGGACUCAGACGCAGCCUUGCAGAUGAAGGGAUUUUAUACUGAAAUUGCCAACCCAACAUUGUUGGAUAUUAAAAUGGAAUAUCCUGAAAAUGCCAUUGCAAACCUCACCCAGAACAGCUUCAAACAUUACUUUGAUGGCAGUGAAAUUGUGGUUGCUGGACGAAUAAUUGAUAAUGAUCUGAAUGUUUUCUCUGUAGAUGUAAAGGCAGAAGGGGCAGAUAAUUUACUGAAAUACAGUGAAAAUGUUCAACUCCAAGAUACGGAUGGAGUGAGCAAAAAGCAGGAGUACAUAUUUGGUGACUUCACUGAGCGGCUUUGGGCCUACCUCACCAUACAGCAACUCCUGGAGAAACGAGUUUCUGCAGAUCCAUCAGAGAAAGAGAAACUGAAAAAACAGGCGUUGGAUCUCUCUCUGAAGUUCAAGUUUGUGACUCCUUUAACAUCUAUGGUGGUUACAAAACCUGAUGAGAUAGAGGAAGAAACAUUAGUUGCUGAUAAAUUUGUUGAAGCUCAGGCACCUUCUAAUUGGGUUGAUUCUGAUCCUCAUUUUGUGAUAAAUGUUCCAAGCCAGAACGAUGCUUUGUGCUUUAACAUACAAGAGGAGCCUGGAGUGGUGUUAAAUCUUGUUGAGGAUCAAGGACUUGGUAUUGCAGUCAAUGGGGAAAUUAUUGGAAAGAAGAAAAUAGGCAAUAAUGUGAUGUCAAAUGAAACCUAUUUUGGAAAACUUGGGUUCGUAAACAGAGAGAUGAAACUGAGAAUUGAGGUGACUACUGAGACAAUCACCAUCAUGUUGGGCAAAAACAAGAAGGAAUACACAUGGGAGAAGACAACAUCGGUCAAGAAGAAAGGGCUUAACCUGGUUAUACAUAAGAAAAACAAUAUGACACUGUCAUUUGGAGAAGGGGCGAAAUUCGUCAUUAUUUUACAUCAGUUUUUGAAAGAUGAUCCUCUGCACAUGGAUUUCUUAGGAUUCUAUACUUUGGAUGACCAUAAAUUUUCUGCACAUGUUCAUGGAUUGUUAGGCCAGUUUUUCCAUGGGAUUGAUUAUGAAAUUUCCAAUGUCCACAAAACAAAAAUUCCUGAUAAACCAGAUGCCACAAUGAAAGUGAAGAACAAGCUACUGACAGUGACAAGGGGUUCACAAAAAGAUUACAGGAGUGAUCCCAGGAAAGGUAAAAAGGUCCCUUGCUGGUUUGUACAUUCCAAUGCAGAAGGACUGAUUGACGGCACUCAUAAAGACUACAUUGUACCCGAUAUCUUCAGCAUCGCUUAGGAAAAGGAUUUUCU